UGGUGACUCAUCAUCUGCUCGGAUUCAUUCCUGUUUCCAGCCAGCUUUUGUCGCUGUUGACCAGAAUUGGAAACAAACAGCAGCCGUUGUGUCUCGUCCCUUUGUCGCCAAGUCGAAUGCUGGGUAAAUAUCAGGCUUCUCUGGCUGAGGUUUUACGGCACUGGAGGAUAAGAUGAGAUGUGUUUGAACGGCUGUUAAAGUAUCCCUGAUACAGCUUUGUGGAAUUCAGAUAUCAGUGAGCCUCCAGCUGGGGGUUCACUCGACUUUCUCUACUUAUUGAAAGCGUCCAACACAAAAUGAGAGUUUCAACUGGUGGAGGGUAUCAUGAUGCCACGCACCUUGUGGUUAUCGUGACUGAAACUAACAAAAUAAAAGCAAGCGCACUAACAGAAGCAGUUUUUUCCUCCUCUGUGUGAACAGAAAGAGACAGGCGAGCAGGAUUUGAGGUCGGUGCCGGACUGUUGCACCUCCCCACUACAGAGUUGCAUCACUUAGUGCUGCCGGGAUGCAACACAGAGAAAUGUGGAAAAAUGAGAAAAGAGGAAGGGCGGGAACUGAGUCCGAUUUCUCUGCCCUCCACCCUUCUCUCCCGCCGCCUGCUCGGACCAUUUUCUUUCAUCCUCAGGGAAACUCUGGAGAAAACUGCUCCGCACAUACAGAUCAAAACCCCAUUGGCGGCACAUUCAGCCCACUGCUUUGUCUUUUUCACCUUCUCUGGCGGGUGGCGCCGACGAGCCGCUAAUCCCUUCAUUAUCCCUGAUGUUCUCAGCAGACGAGCCUCUGGAUUUGAAGCUUCCCUCUGGACGAAUCCAGACAGACAAUCCAGUGAGGUUGCGGAGGAGGAUGUCGUCUAUCUGUGCUCCUCUCUGCAGCACGCGACCUCGGCUGAUGUACACCACCUUCCCCUCGCCGCCUUCUUCACCAGAUUCUUUGUCUCCCUCUCGUGAGCGACCCAGGUCCUGUUUCACGCCUCCAGCCAUGGACCUCAGCUUGUCCCCUUCAUCCCGUCACACCUCCUCCCUGUCUCCCGCCCCUCCCUCUCCUUCUCCAUCUCUGCCUGCCUCCCCUCUGGAGUCCCCACAGAGCAGUAGCAGCCCACAGCCACAUCUUUUCUCUCGCGAGCUGAGCUGUUAUCGGGGAGUAGAACGCGAAGCUUCGCAUCAGGGGUUUCCGUUUUUCCUGCCGAUCUCCAGCUCUCAGAGAGGAUACAACUUCCCUCCUUCCAUGUUUGUGGGUGCCAACAGAGAGAAAGAAGACUCACCUGAGCCCUCAACAGACGUCCACCUGGGCAGUCAACUGGUCUGCCGCUGGGUGAAGUGUCGCCUGCAGUUCGACUCCCUACAGGACUUGGUGGAUCACAUCAACGAAUACCACGUCAAACCUGAGAAGGACUCGGGGUACCACUGCCAGUGGGAGGGGUGUGCCCGCAAUGGGAGGGGCUUCAAUGCCAGGUAUAAAAUGCUGAUUCAUAUUCGUACUCACACCAACGAGAAGCCCCAUCACUGUCCCACCUGCGACAAGAGCUUCUCUCGCCUGGAAAACCUCAAGAUUCACACACGCUCACACACAGGAGAGAAACCCUACAUCUGCCCAUACGAGGGCUGCAGCAAGCGCUACUCCAACUCCAGCGACCGCUUCAAGCACACCCGCACUCACUACGUGGACAAGCCCUACUACUGCAAGAUGGCGGGUUGCCUGAAGCGCUACACGGAUCCCAGCUCUCUUCGCAAACACAUCAAGGCACAUGGCCACUUUGUCGCCCCGGAGCAAGCUUCGCCUGGGCGGAUGCAGGCCGGACCCUUGGAGCACCCGGGGGAACUGGCCCCAGUUGGCGCACCCCAUAUCAUCAUCCCUGGUUCUGCCACUCUCCUCGGAGGUCUGGGGACUUCUUUAUCUCUAUCUGCUUUCUGCCAUGCAAGAGCCCUCAAUCACCACAGGGCGUCGCUGUUCCCCAUGGGGGCGGGAAUCGGUCCCUUGGGUCUGGCCGACUCUCCAUUUUUUCACUUAGGCGCGUCCUUAUUAGGGCUGGACGGUCUUAAGCGGAUGGUGGGGAAGGAGGUGGCGGGUGAGGGAGGGGAGGUGAAGGCCGAGGUUCUCAACCUGUCCUCAGGUGUUGGGCCCAGACACAGAGACCCCUUGUCCUGGGUGGUUGUUCCCCCGAGGGCUCUGCUUCUCAAACCAGCUGUUGCCAGCUAGGACGUGCGCUCGGACUGGUGUGGAUGGCUUUUGUGGCCCCCUUUACUGCCUGCUGGAAAGACCCCCGUCAUUAUCCUCGAUGGCCCUCAGGGGUCCAAAGAGUCAGCUGAUUCUGUUGCUUUCCUGUCACCAAUGUUUUCGUCCACUCAGACUCCAGUCAAGUGCUGUGUAGUUUGCCUGUCAACAAUCGCCCCGACAGCUCCCACAUUAGCAUGCGCCAUUAGCUUUGCUAGUGGAGUCUUUGACUCUUUUUAUUCAAACACAAACAAGCUGCUCGUCCUGUAAUAACACUUGCUGCGUCAGUAGCAUUUGUACCUAGCUAGCGCUGCAGUAGUUGAGGUCGUUGAAACCCCAACGUGGACGUAGAAUUUCAGGCCAUUGAAAUCUCAAUAUAUUUAGUUUUAUACUUCUGAGAGUUUGGACUGAUCAAGACAUGCAGUCGCGAGUCAGGUUUCCUUGUGAUGAUAUCCAAAACUCCAAUCCAGUCCACACAGUCCCAGAUUCAUGGAGCUCCAUCUGACCACUGUCGCCAGGGCAACUGCGUCCUAGGCCCUCGCGAACCCGUCCCUGUCCCCGCCUUAUGCAGGGGUUGUAAAGGUGGCUUGUGUGUCUAAGGUGUGUGUGUGUGUGUGUGUGUGUGUGUGUGUGUUGGGGUUGAAAAGGUUGCUGUGAACAACAUUAAAAGCACUUGAGUCAGUCCAACCUUCUGAAGGUGUCAAGCAUGAAUUUGCACAAACAACUUUCAUGUGGAUUCCACGUCCCGAACGGCCAUUUCACCCAAGCAAGAAACGGUAUGGGCCAUGAUUCCAUCUAAAGUGGCUGCCAGUCCACGAGGCUGGCCCGGAAAUGGAUCAGGACUGAUGGCGUAACAAGAAUGCCCAACUGGACAGUGGACCUCAGUAGCAGGAACAAGGCGGACGAGGAUGUCUUUUCCAUAUGGUGUCAGAUUGGGCGGCCACGCCCCCUUUUGUGACUCUAAAUGAGAACGGCCCAGUUGCUCAUAGUACCAUCACAUCAUAUAACGUGUUUGACAAUCACCUGUGAUAGAAACCAAGCCAUAAAGAUCUCAGGUGUACGAAUGGUUUUUAAUGUUUGACAAGCCUCGCAGGCAGCUCUCGCUGUCAGCCAGGUGCAACCGCGGUCUUCAUUCUGAAAAGUCUUUGUCUUAUACGUUGCACUAAACGCACUUGAUUCCUGUUGGGAGCUCACAAAGGUGAUAUACAUGGGUUUACAGCACUCGCCGUCACUGAUUAACCCGUCGCCAGUGAAGUUUGUGCAACUGCCUCCAACUAGUAGCAUCAAGGUCAACUGCUCGCUGUUUGUUAACGCUUCGCUUUUUCUUUUGAUCAUUUGGAGACAAAGAUCGGGACGCGAUCUGCUCGGGUGGUACUGACCUGUGUAAUCCCCACUCAUACAGUAUCAUAGGAAUAUUCAGCCAACGUGUACGAGACUCAUGUACGUCUUCUUCAGCCCUCUGGUAGAAAGCUCCGCCCCCCUGACGAUGGCCACCUGGAGGCCAGCAUGCUGUGUCGUCUUCUACUCUUGUUUUGCACAUUCGACUGGUCGCGCUUCCUUCGAGUGCCUUCUUCCUGUUUCAGUGGAAUAUAUCGCACAUGUAUGGACACAUUUACACCAAUGUAUGAGCACAGAUUUCUACGACAACUGAUGGGAUUUUGUACAUCGAAGCCGCUUUACAAUGACGUUACCAAAGCUGAAGAUCCAAUAAAGACAAAC